AUGAUGAGCUUCGGUGCCUUCCUGAUCAUCGCCCUGGCGGCGACGGCGUCCGCUGUUGAGGAGGAGUUCCCCGUGCUGUACGAGCUGGAGCCACUGUACAAUGUGUUGAACAUAACUGGCUGGAGCAGCUACCCAGACUGCUGGAUUUUCCCCCAGCCUGCGAUCACUCUCGUGUACGAGGACGCCACCUACCAGAUUGCCACGACCGCUGAUGAGGAGGACAAGACCAAGGGCAAGCUGGUGGCCAACGCCUGGUGCCAGCGCCAGGGCCUCGAGAAGGCUGCCAGCUUCCAGCUCAGCGACUUCUCUGCGGGCACCGUCGUCCGCUCGCUGCAGAUCGGAUCUGGUGACAUCUGCAAGGGCACCCCCGGCAAGUGUACCGGUUUCAAGUUCAUCGAGUGCGUCAGGGGCACCGCGAAGGCGGGCUGCGGCAAGAAGCUGCACCAGCUGAGUGGAACCGACAACAAUGGCUUCGGCAACAUCGGCAACUCCAACGUCGGCAACUUCAACAACGGCUCUGCCAACGUGGGCGACUUCAACCUCGGCUCUGCCAACGUCGGCAGCAUGAACACCGGCUCCGCGGAUGUGGGCAGCUACCUCACCUGCUCCGCCUGCAAGGAUGCCGAGUCCUCCAAGCUGUAG